CUCAGGUUGGGGCUGGUGCGGGACAGCGUGGGGCCCAGGUGGUCUGUCUGAGAGCGCCCCCUGGAGACCGCAGGCCGCGACCCCGUGCACCUGCGCAGGUCGGGCAGGUGCAGAAGCCCAAGGCCCGCCCUGUGCCCAGGAGGAGGCAGCGGGACGUGACAGGUGCGGCCUGCAGGUGCGUGGCCCGGGGGCGGGGCCACAUCCGGGCCGGGGGCGGGGCGGGGCGGGCCAUGCGGGCGGGGGCGGCGGUUGAGCGGGGCCACAGCGCUGUGGGAGGCGGCGGGCGCAACCCCGCCUGCUGCUCGCCGGAGCCCGCUUCCCGGGACAUGGCGCCGCGCCCGCCCAGCGCCCCGCACCGCCCGCCGCCAGCCGGGGUCUGACGGAGCCCCGCAACCAUGAGCGCCAACCCGCAGUGGGACAUCAGCCGGGCGCUGGGGGUGGCCAGGCUCUUCCACCUGGUGUGCGGGGUGCGGGAUGCAUGUGUCACCCCGUUCCUCACCCUCUACCUGAGGCAGCUGGGCCUGGCCGCGGCCUGGGUGGGCAUCCUGAUGGGAACCAAGCACCUGGUCGCGGCCUUCUGGGCGCCGUUCUGUGCCUUCCUGGCCAAAAGCUACCAGAAGAGGAGGGCGCUGCUGAUCGGCUCACUGCUGGGCUCGGUGGGAGCCAGCCUGCUGAUGGUCCUGGUGCCGCCGGUGGACAAGCAUCUGGGCUCCCGCUCCUGCAAUGGCAGCAACGGCGUGGCCACCACCGCCUCGCCUCCGCCAGGGGGCGCCCUCGCCGAGAACAGCUCCUCUUCGGCGCUGGAGCCCACCUCCACCCGGCCGGCCACCGGGCCCAGCCUCCUGGAGAGGACCAGGACGGUGGACACUUCUGGCUUCACAGUGGGACCUUCGCGCUCAAGUGUCCAAGAACCUUUCAUCCUGCUGCCCGGCUCCUUAAUGGACUCUGUUGAAGCAGCCAGGAGCACACCCCCAGCUCUGCCUCCUAUCACCUCCGGAGGGCAAGGUCCCCCCAGGAAAGAUGCUUCUAAAGUGGCCAGUCCCCCAGUCCCUCUGCUUGCUGGGGAUACAGAGCCAGGGAGUCCAGCCAACUCGUCAGAAGCCACCAACUACGCCCAGGCCCUUGACCUGUCCCUGGAGGGCUUGCGGUGGACCUUCAUCCUCUCCUUGGGAUUCAUGGUGUUCUGGGAACUGCUGACAGCCCCCCUGGAGCAGGUGGCCGAUGACAGCCUUUACGAAUACCUGGAUUUCGUGGAUGCCACCGACCACUACAGGAGCCUGUGGAUCUGGAGGCUGCUGGGCAUGGCGGCAGGCGUGUGUGGCAUCGCCACCUUGGUGGGGCAGCUGGACUGCUGGCUGCUGACUGACAGCCCCUGGGGCGUGGUGCACUUCUACGGCUACUCGCUGGUCAGCGGCCUGGCGUUACUGGUGAGCAUUGCUUUCCCCGUCCCCGUCUGCAGGCUGCAGGAGCCCAGCUACAAAACCGUCAAAGCGCUGUCCCUGGUAGGAGGCGACCCCCGCCUGGUUCUGCUCGCCCUCACAGUCUUUCUCAUAGGAAUCACCACCAGCACAGUGCAGAACUUCCUCUUCUGGCACAUGAAGGACCACGGGAGCAGUGAGCUGGUCAUGGGGUUCUCAGUGGCCCUGGGCUUGCUAGGGGAGAUCAUGCUUCAUCCAUUCAAAGCCACGUUGCUUAGGAAACUGUCCAGGGUGGGCACCGUGGGGCUGGGGCUGGGCUGCCUGGCGGGGCAGCUGCUGUACUACUCAUUCCUUUGGGACUGGUGGUCUGUCCUCCCUGCUCAGAUCCUGAGUGCCUUCAGCACCGGGGCUCUGUGGUGGACAGUAGGGGCCUCCAUAGAGGACCUGGCUACCCCUGAAACCGAGAGGCCUUUAAGUGCCAUGUUCCGAGGCCACUUUUACGGGGGCGGGUGCAGCCUGGGCAGCUUUGUGGGGGGCUUCGUGGCAAUGCGCUUCGGCCUGGCUGUUCUCUAUAGGGCUUGCUGUGUGACCCUGCUGCUCUGGCUGGCCCUGUUCCUGUCUGUUCAGCCACGGCUGCCCCAAGAACGGAAAAUCAACUACUCCAAGCUCCUGGCUGUGGAGACAAGUGACACCAGUGACUCUGAGCAGGGAACAGAACGGGACUGGCUAGUGAAGGCCAUGAGGGAAGAGCACACAGACCGGAAGGACUGAGAGAAGGGCAGGGCACAUGGGUCUGAGAAGGAGCCAAAGGCCUGGACUAAACCCAGCCCACUGAGGACACAGUCCAAAGCUCCCUCCCCCCACUGCCGCCUGCCGGGCCACAGGGAGCCUUG